GCAGCAGUAAGUGGUAAUCAAUUAUUAAGUACUUGAAACUUCCGAACCGACCGAUGGUUUUAGGCGUUGUAUCGCGGCAUUUAAUCGGGUCUGCUUGUAGAUAUACCCGGCGAGUUGUUUUAUUAAAUUCUGUUCAAAAUAAAGUAUCUUUUAAUUCUUAUCGACCUACUAUUUGUUUGUUUUCUUCUAAAUUAACUGCAGUGAUGGAAGAACAUGGAGUAGUUCCUGAUGUUAUCGACACCGUUCCUUCGUCAACUAUAGAGGUUAAUUACAAUGAUAAUGUUGUUUCAAUGGGGAAUGAGCUUACACCUACACAAGUAAAAAAUCCCCCAACUCACAUUAAAUAUCCAGUAGAGGAUGGUUCAUUGUACACUUUGUGUAUGACUGAUCCCGAUGCACCUAGUAGACAGAGUCCUAAAUAUCGAGAAUGGCAUCACUGGCUUGUUGUCAAUAUCCCAGGUACUGACAUUAGUCAAGGAAAUGUUAUGUCAGAAUAUGUUGGUUCUGGACCACCAAAAGGGACAGGAUUGCAUCGCUAUGUAUUUCUAGUUUAUAAGCAGCCUGGAAAGUUGAGUUGUGAUGAAAAGCACUUGACUAAUACUUCUGGAGAUCAUCGUGGAAAUUUUAAAAUUGCAAAUUUUGCCAAGAAAUAUAAUUUGGGAAAACCAAUUGCUGGAAAUUUUUAUCAAGCUCAGUGGGAUGAUUAUGUCCCUAAGCUUUAUGAGCAACUUGCUGGUGGGAAUUAAAUAUAUUCUUGAGCUAUUCAGGAUUGUUUUUUACCAAAUGCUAGAAGCAAAAAUUAAUUUGAUUGCUUGCUGUUUUUUUCUUCGUUGCAUUUUAUAAUUGAUAGCAAAUACGGUGAUGUAAAAUUUUCAUUUCCUGAGCUAUGAGAAGUUCUUUUAAAUUAUUGAUAAUUUUGCAUUUGUAACCUUACCAAAUUUUUUUAAGAUACAUUCACUGAGCUUCAAUAAAACUUGAUAAAAAAAAUUGUAAGGAAUACAGGAUAAAACUGAUGUUAGCAACGUCUAUACAUUACUUUUUAUACUGAAUUGUACAUUCCAAAAUUUCAGAAAUAAAGCACCAUGAAUAUUAUAUAUUUCAGAUGUUAGUGAAGUCAUAUGACUUUAUUUAAUGAAUGAUAUUAAAAGUUUAUUAAGAAACA